AUGCUGGGUCUGUGCCGACCGGCGGUGCCAGCGUUGGCACGCGCGCUGGCGCCCGUGCAGGCACUGCGUACUCUCACGUCCAGUGCACAGGCAUGGAAGGAAGCGAAAGAGUGGACACCCAACUCCCUGCGCACCGGAUUGAUAGCGCGCAAGAAAGGCAUGACAACGAUGUUCACUCCCGACGGCAAGCGCGUUCCGGCAACCGUUCUCUAUGUCGAUGCCAACCAGGUCUCGAUGCAUGUGCGUCACGAAGCAGCCUCUCCUGAAGAGGAGCCCUAUAUCGCUGUGCAGGUCGCCGCGACGGACGCGCGCGAAAACGCUGUGAGCGCGCCUGUCCGCGGCCACCUCGAGAAGGCUGGCCUCGGGCCCAAGCGCGUUGUGCGCGAGUUCCGUGUCUCCGAAGACGCGCUUGUGCCUCUCGGAACAACGCUUUCAGCGGCUCACUUUGUGCCGGGUCAGGACGUUGAUGUACGUGCGAUUACACGCGGAAAGGGCUUUGCUGGUGUGAUGAAGCGCCACAACUUCGCCGGUGGCAAUGCAUCGCAUGGUGCUUCGCUGGCCCACCGCACGCCCGGUUCUAUUGGUAAUAACCAGGACCCCGGACGUGUGUUCCCAGGCAAGCGCAUGCCCGGUCGCAUGGGCGGGCACUACCGCACGGUACAGAAUGUGCGUGUGCUGCGUAUCGACGUGAAAAACGAGUUGAUCUUCGUCAAGGGCCAGGUCCCCGGGCCUGACGGCGGUGUGGUCGUCGUGCGCGAUGCCCUGAAGAGUCUUGUGAAGAACGCCUACUACACGUACCGCAAGGGCCAGUCGUCUACGGGCGAGCUGCUCGAUCCGGCGAAGGGCCCUGCGCAGUACUUGCCGCGCGGUCUCCUGGGGCUUCCGUUCCCGGCCGGCACACGCGAGAUGGCAGCAUCGCUUCCAGAUGUGGUCGAAGUCGGCCCAUACCCCUAG